UCAACAAUAUGGCGCUUCGCAUGCAUUACACUUACAUGAAUCCUCCUUCUACAUGUUGACAUGUGUUUUAGAUAUGCUCCGAGUUUGUUAGUGCAUUUUACUAACUGAUGAAAAAAGCUAGCUUUGAAAUCUAAGGUUAAUUUCUUCAUCGCCGACUGAAAUUGCACAGGGCAUCUGUUAAUGCCUGGACAGCAGCAUGUCUGGGUCAAAUGUGUGGAGUCGGACCCGGGACAAAAUGAGACUUUUCCCCGAACUACUAGCACAGUGUGCAGAUGAGGCAGCAGUUUAUGGAAAAUGUGUAGCAGGUACGACAACAGGCAAACAGGAGCUGAGGAAGGACCUGUGCGCCAAAGAGUUCGAAGCACUGAAGACCUGCUUUACAAACGCAGCCAAGAAAAGAGCCAAAUGAGUGGCAACAGUUCUGGCUUCGUUGGAGCACCACGUUCAAUAGACCAACCUUUAAAACAUCUGUGUUGCUUUGGCAGAUAAAAUAUAAGUUGUGUGUUGUGAGUCAUAUGUUUAUAAGUUGAUUAUUUAUCAUUUGUAGAUGACUGCAUCUGGGAUAAACUAUGAAAUACUAUCACAUUCUUUAACUGUUGUCAUUCUGUAAUAUAGAAACAGAAAUAAAACAUUUUGAGUUUAUUUUGUUCAAGACAACAAA